AUGAAAAUAUCGGAUAAAUUAAAGAGUUCUUUGGAGCAAUGUGUUUCAGAAUAGUAUUAAAGUCUAUACGACAUACUGUCUUCAUAAUAAGGAGUUGAUUAGUUUUAAUACUUAGUGAAAGGAUUUCAAGAGUAAAUAACAAUUCGAAUGCUAGAAAAUCUUCUGAAGAUUACAUGAAAACAGUUCCUACUCCAAUCAAUAGAUAAGUGAGAUCAUCAUAAUCGAAGAGUUAAUUCUAAUAGUUUCCUAUUCAAAAAUCAAUUUUUGAGGAUCCUGGCUUAGUUUAAUUGACUUAUUUUCAAUUUGCCAAUGUGAUGGAUGAAUUCUUUUUAGAAAUCAACGAAACUUAGAUCAUAGAAUGGUUUUAGCUAUUACAAAUAAAUGAGAAAGUCUAAAUAAGAGAUUUUUAUAUAAUAGUUCUGAUGUUUUUGAGUAGAGAUAGCAAACAAUAGUUUGACUAUUUAUAUCAAUAUGGAGAAUACUUAUUCGAAUGUUUGAAACAAACAAAUAAUAAAAUUUUAGGGUUGACAUUAAAAAUAUUUGUUAAGGUAUCUUAAGUUAUUAUAAUAAUUAAGCUAUGUGGAAUGCAAGCUCGACAAUCCUAGAAGUUAUUUACUGAAUUGAAAAUGAAAUAAAAUGAAGAAUACACUUUCGACGAUUUUGAAGUCUUUUGUUUCGCAUUCAUGAAUCCUGAAAGUCUUUAAGGUUAAGGUGUCUAAUAGAAGUUUAUCAAAUAAACUCAUUAGAGCAAACAUGAUUUUAAUCAGCAUCAAAUUAUCAAACCAAAAAUUGAUAAAAAAUGA